AUGGGCGCCGCACAGACACCGUCCAUUGUCGAGCACGCGUAUCUGCUGACGGCAGCCGAAGUCUUGAGCUACAUUCGCGCCGGCGAUCUCACCGUCGAGCAGUAUGCGCAGGCGCUGCUGGACCGCAUCGCCGAGCGCGACUCGCAGGUCCAGGCGUGGGCCUAUCUAGAUCCCAGCCGUGUCCUGGAGCAGGCGCGUGCCCUCGACGCCGUGCCUCGCGAGCAGCGCGGUCCGCUUCACGGCAUGCCCAUUGGCGUCAAGGAUGUCAUCUAUACACAAGAUAUGCCGACGCAAUUCAACUCGGAGGCGUACCGGGGCGAUUUCCCCAAGGUAGACGCUGCGCCAAUCAAGGUGCUCCGCGCGGCUGGCGCGCUGCUGCUCGGCAAGACAACAACGACCGAGUUCGCCGCGACCGGGGAGGGCCCGGCGACGCGCAACCCGCACGACCCGUCGCGGACGCCCGGCGGCUCGUCGUCGGGCUCGGGCGCCUCGGUGGGCGACUUUCAGGUACCAGUGGCGCUGGGCACGCAGACGGGCGGCUCCGUGAUCCGGCCGGCAUGCUUCAACGGCAUCUACGGCUUCAAGCCGACCUGGGGCCGCGUCUCGCGCGAAGGGCUCAAGUUCUUCUCCGUCACCUACGACACGCUAGGCUUCUUUACGCGCGGCGUCGACGACCUCGUGCUGCUGGCCGACGCCUUUGGCCUCGACGACGACUCGUCUCUUCCCGCGCCGCCGCCGCCGCCGCCGCUGCCGGCCGAGUUUGACCGCCUGCCCGCGUGGUACGACGUGGUGCUGGCGUGCGAGGGCGGCGCCGCGUUUCUGCCCGAGUACCGCGCGCACCGGGCGCAUCUCAGCGCGCUGCUGGCGGGUUUCGCCGAGACGAGCGGCGGCUACUCGCACCGCGAGUACCUCGAGGCGCUCGACAAUAUCGCGGCGCUGCGGCCGCGCGCGGACGCGCUGCUCGCGGGCUACGACGCCGUGCUGACGCCCAGCGCGCCCGACGAGGCCCCGCUCGGCGCCACCACCGGCAGCUACCUCUUUUGCAAGAUGUGGUCGGCGCUGCACGUGCCGGUGCUCAAUAUGCCCGGGUUCCAGGGCGUCCACGGCAUGCCUGUCGGUCUGUCGCUGCUGGCGCCGCGCUUCAAGGACGCGCAGCUGCUGGCCGUGGCGGUGCCCGUCGGCGCACUCUUUGAGACGGAGGGUGGCUGGACGCGGCGCGUGCAUCAUCAUCAUCAUCAUCAUCAUCAUCAUCAUCAUCAUCACAAAGCGGCGCGGCGAGCGAGUAUUACGGGGACUGAUGAUGGCGAUGAUGAUGGUGACGAAGCGGUAGAGGGAAAAAAAAAAGCCAAUGGCGUCAGCCACAACGGUAUGGAUCACGAAUAA